AUGAGUUCUGAAGAAACCGUCGAGAGAAAUAGAAAAAUUAGAGGUUCGGUUCGUACCAGUGUAACAAAAUUAAUAAGGAAAUUGGAUGAGGAAUUGCAAAGCGAGAAUCCGAACCUAGAAGUGUUGCAGGAAUCGCUUUCAGUGUUAAUCGAGAGAGAAACUAGCUUGUUAAAAUAUGAUGAAGUUAUUAAUGCUCAAAGCACUGUUCAGGAAUUAGAGACAGAAGUAGAACAUUGUUUAGAAUACAGCGAAUCCAUCAUUAGAUGUAAAUCUAAAGUCAAUAGAUAUAUUCAAAAUGUGGGUAAAACCGGAACAACUUCACAAGUUUCGGAAAUCAAAACUAAUUAUAAUACUAAAUUGCCUCGCAUUACCUUAGAAACUUUCAGCGGCGAUUUAUGUAAAUUUACUGAAUUUUGGGCUCAGUAUAAAGCUGCCAUUCACGAAAACAAUACGCUUCAAGAUGUUGAGAAGUUUAACUAUUUAAGAUCUUUACUCACCGGUUCAGCUGCAAAAGCUAUAAGCGGAUUGCCAUUAAUAGGAGAAAACUAUAUAAAGGCCAUCGAAAUCUUAACUGACAGAUUUGGGAAAAAAGAAAUAUUAGUUAGCGCUCAUAUGAACGUUCUCCUAGCUUGGAGCCAGUACGCCGAUCAAGUGAUGUAUCCAGUUUAA